CGCAGCCGAGACUCAGCGCUUCAAACGCUCCAGAGCUAAACUAGCCGCAGUUGUAUCUGAACGACAAGGAACACGACAUGCCGGUCACAGAGAAAGACCUGGCCGAGGACGCGCCAUGGAAGCGGAUCCAGCAGAACACCUUCACCCGCUGGUUCAACGAGCACCUGAAGUGCGUGAACAAGCGGGUAGGUAACCUGCAGACUGACCUGGCCGACGGGCUCCGGCUCAUCGCGCUCCUGGAGGUGCUGAGCCAGAAGAAAAUGUACAGAAAGUACAACCAGAGACCCACCUUCCGGCAGAUGCAGCUGGAGAACGUGUCGGUGGCCCUGGAGUUCCUGGACAAGGAGAACAUCAAGCUGGUGUCCAUAGACUCCAAGGCCAUCGUGGAUGGGAACCUGAAGCUGAUCUUGGGGCUGGUGUGGACACUCAUCCUGCACUACUCCAUCUCUAUGCCAGUGUGGGAGGAUGAGGAGGACGAGGAUGCCAAGAAGCAGACUCCCAAGCAGCGCCUCCUGGGCUGGAUCCAGAACAAGAUCCCCUACCUGCCCAUCACCAACUUCAGCAAAGACUGGCAGGACGGGCGCACGCUCGGGGCGCUGGUGGACAGCUGUGCACCAGGUCUGUGUCCUGACUGGGAGAACUGGGAUGGAACCAAACCAGUGGACAAUGCGCGGGAGGCCAUGCAGCAGGCAGACGACUGGCUGGGGAUUCCACAGGUGAUUACUCCGGAGGAGAUCAUCGACCCCAAUGUAGACGAGCAUUCUGUCAUGACUUACCUGUCGCAGUUCCCCAAAGCCAAGCUGAAACCAGGAGCACCCCUCAAACCCAAACUGAACCCCAAGAAAGCCAGAGCCUAUGGGCCAGGUAUCGAGCCGAGUGGGAAUACAGUGCUGCGCCCGGCAGUGUUCACCGUGGACACCAUCAGCGCCGGGCAGGGUGAGCUCACUGUGUACAUCGAGGACCCGGCCGGCACCAGGGAGGAGGUAAAACCCGUUCCAAACAACGACAAGAACAAGACCUAUACUGUGACCUACAUUCCGCGAGUGAGCGGCAUGCACAAGGUUGUCGUGUUCUUUGCUGGGCAGCACAUCUCUAAGAGUCCUUUCGAGGUGAAUGUUGACAAGUCUCAGGGAGAUGCCAGCAAGGUGACUGCAAAGGGACCCGGCCUGGAGUCUACUGGAAACAUUGCAAACAAACCCACCUACUUCGACAUCAGCACUGCAGGUGCUGGCGUUGGUGAUGUUGCCGUGGUGAUUGCAGACCCGCAGGGCAGCAAGAACACUGUGGAGGUGAUGAUUGAAGACAAGGGGAGCAGUGUGUACCGCUGCACCUACCGGCCAGCCCAGCCCGGAGCACAUGCCCUCGACAUUACCUUCGGGGGGGUGCCCAUCCCCAAGAGCCCUUACAGGGUCAACAUCGGGGAGGCCUGCACCCCAAAUGCAUGCCGAGCCAGCGGACGUGGCCUGCAGCCUAAAGGAGUGAGGGUCCGCCAGGUCGCGGAUUUCAGAGUGGACACCAAGAACGGCGGGAGUGGAGAGCUGAAGGUGUUGGUGAAGGGGCCCAAGGGGCUAGAGGAGCCAGUUAAGCAGAAAGACUUUGUGGAUGGGGUCUACUCCUUUGAGUACUACCCCCACUCCCCGGGGAAGUAUGUGGCAGCCAUCACCUGGGGGGGACAGCACAUUCCCAAGAGCCCGUUUGAAGUUCAGGUGGACCGGGAGGCCGGUCCGCAGAAGAUCCGUGCCUGGGGUCCUGGGCUGGAGGGCGGUGCUGUGGGAAAGCCGGCUGAUUUUGUUGUGGAAUCCGUGGGGACAGAAGUGGGAACAUUAGGGUUCGCUAUCGAGGGCCCGUCGCAGGCGAAGAUCGAGUGUGAUGAUCAGAACGAUGGCUCCUGCAACGUCAGCUACUGGCCCACGGAGGCGGGGGAGUAUGCCGUUCACGUCAUGUGUGACGACGAGGACAUCGAGGACAGCCCCUUCAUGGCACUCAUCAAGCCUGCCAGCGCCACCUGCAGACCAGACAAGGUGAGCGCUUACGGCCCCGGUCUGGAGAAGAGCGGCUGCGUUGUGAACCAGCCUGGGGAGUUCACUGUCGAUGCCAAAGAGGCUGGAAAAGCAGCGCUGAAGAUCUACGCACAGGACUCGGAGGGGAUCCCAAUUCCUGUCCAGGUGAAAAACAAUGGAGAUGGGACCUACGCCUGCUCGUACACGCCCACCAAAGCCAUCAAACACACCUUGGCUGUGGCAUGGGGGGAGAGCAGCGUGCCUAACAGCCCCUUCAGGGUGAGCGUUGGGAAGGGCAGCCACCCCCAGAGAGUGAAGGUGUUUGGGCCGGGAGUGGAGCGCUCUGGUCUGAAAGCCAGCGAACCCACACACUUCACCGUGGACUGCACGGAGGCUGGGGAAGGAGAUGUCAGCAUUGGAAUCAAGUGUGACGCUCAUGUGAUCAGCGAUAGAGAGGAGGACAUUGACUUCGACAUCAUCCCCAACGUGAACGACACCAUCACCGUGAAGUACACCCCGCCCGCGGCCGGGCGAUACACCCUCAAAGUGCUCUUCACAGGCCAGGAAAUUCCCAUCAGCCCGUUCCGAGUGAAGGUGGAGCCGUCCCAUGAUGCCAGCAAAGUGCGAGCCGAAGGUCCUGGGUUAAACAAGACAGGAGUGGAGAGUGAGAAGCCAACUCACUUCACUGUGUUCACCAAGGGGGCAGGGAAGGCUCCUCUGGACGUGCAGUUUAGCGCGCCGCUGAAGGGUGAGGCCAUCCGAGACUUUGAGAUCAUCGACAACUACGACUACUCCCACACUGUCAAAUAUACCCCCGUACAGCAGGGCAGUCUGGGAGUGGCGGUGAUGUACGGGGGGGAUCCCAUUCCCAAGAGCCCGUUCAGUGUGGGCGUGGCUGCACCGCUGGACCUGAGCAGAGUGACAGUGAGCGGCCUGGAGAGUCGUGUUGAGGUUGGCAAGGACCAGGAGUUUGCUGUGAGCACAAAGGGGGCAGGAGGGCAGGGCAGGCUGGAGGCUCUGAUCACCAGCCCGGCGAAGAAGGCCAUGCCAUGCAUGGUGGAAACCCUGCCUGGCAAGGACAGCAGCCUGGUCAAGUACAUCCCCAAGGAGGAGGGCUUUUAUUCGCUUGACCUCAGCUACGAUGGGAGCCCUAUUCCUGGGAGCCCCUUCCUCGUGGAAGCCACUUUACCCCCAGACCCUUCCAAGGUUAAAGCCUACGGACCCGGUCUGCAGGGUGGUCUGGUUGGGAGCCCGGCUGAGUUCAUGAUUGACACGAAGGGGGCUGGGACGGGGGGCCUGGGGCUGACCGUGGAGGGGCCCUGCGAGGCCAAGAUCGAGUGCUCAGACAACGGGGAUGGGACCUGCUCGGUGUCCUAUCUGCCCACGGAGCAGGGGGAAUACCUCGUCAACAUCCUGUUCCAGGAGGUGCACAUCCCCGGCUCGCCGUUCAGGGCUGGCGUGACUCUACCCUUUGACCCGGCCAAGGUUGUGGUGUCUGGUCCGGGGCUGCAGCGGGGGAAGGUGGGAGAGGCAAGCCUGCUCAGGGUCGACUGCUCCAGGGCCGGGCCCGGGGAGCUGGCUCUGGAGGCAGUGUCGGACUCGGGGUCCAAGGCUGAGCCCCGCAUGGAGGACCACGGCGAUGGGACGUACACAGCCACCUACACCCCCCUCCAAGCAGGCAUGUACACGCUGCUGCUCCGCUACGGGGGCCAGGCCGUGCCCACCUUCCCAGCCAGGGUGCAGGUGGAUCCUGCUGUCGACACCAGCAAGGUCAAGGUGUACGGCCCUGGAGUGAAGGGAGAAGGAGUUUUCCGGGAAGCCACCACGGAUUUCAUGGUGGACGCUCGCUCCCUGACGAAGGUGGGAGGGGAUCACAUUAAGACAUGCAUCACAAACCCCUCGGGGGCGCAGACAGACUGUGUGAUCAAAGACCAGACUGACGGGACCUACGCUGCGGAGUACACGCCAUUCGAAAGCGGUGUGCACGCUCUUGCCGUGAUGUUUGAUGACGUGCCGGUGCCAGGCAGCCCGUUCCAGGUUGGCGUGGCAGAGGGAUGUGACCCACGGCGUGUGCAAGCUCACGGGCCAGGGCUACAGGAGGCGCUGACCCACAAACCCAACAAAUUCACCGUCAUCACAAGGGGGGCCGGUAUUGGGGGGCUGGGGAUCACCGUGGAGGGUCCCUCCGAGUCCAAGAUGUCCUGCAAAGACAACAAGGACGGCAGCUGCAGUGUGGAAUAUACUCCCUACACCCCUGGCAUGUAUGAUGUGAACAUCACCUACGGAGGCCAGCAUGUUCCAGGCAGCCCCUUCAAGGUCCCUGUGAAGGACGUGGUCGACCCCAGCAAGGUGAAGCUCAGCGGACCUGGCCUGGGCUCAGGGGUGAGAGCUGACAUCCCUCAGCACUUCACUGUGGACUGUAGCAAGGCAGGGGCCGCGCCCCUCAGUGUCUCGGUGCUCACCCCUCGAGGAGUGGCCGAGCCGGUGGAGGUGGUUCACAAUGGGGACGGGACACACACUGUGGCCUACACUCCCUCCCUGGAGGGCCCAUAUAUCGUGUCUGUCAAGUAUGCUGAUGAAGAGGUCCCCCGCAGUCCUUUCAGAGUGAAGGUGCUCCCCACUCAUGAUGCCAGCAAGGUGAAGGCCAGCGGCCCCGGCCUGACCUCGGGACUCCCGGCCAGCCUGCCAGUGGAGUUCACCGUCGACGCCAGAGACGCUGGGGAGGGGCAGCUGUCGGUGCAGAUCACUGACAUUGAUGGCAAGCCGAAGAAGACCAGUAUCCAUGACAACAACGACGGAACGUACAAGGUGUCCUACAUCCCGGACAAAAUUGGCCGCUACACCAUUGUCAUCAAGUACGGCGGAGAUGAGAUCCCCGCCUCUCCCUGCCGCGUGCGCGCCACAGCCACCGGGGACGCCAGCAAGUGCACCGUGGCAGGUCCGGGACUCGGGCCCACCAUCGGGAUUGGAGAGGAAGUGGGCUUUGUCGUGAACGCUAAGGGUGCUGGGAAGGGUAAGGUGUCCUGCACGGUGGUGACCCCUGACGGGUCGGAGGUCAAGGCUGACGUCAUCGAGAACGAGGACGGGACCUUUGAUAUCUUCUACACUGCCCCCACGCCCGGGGCCUACAUGCUGUGCGUGCACUACGGGGGGGAGAGCAUUCCCAAGAGCCCUUUCAGAGUGACGGCAAGCGAUGAAGUUCCCCUGGUGGAGCAGCAGACAGUCCAGCAGCAGCAGGCAGCCCCUCUGGCUAGCCCCCACGGCUUCCAGCCCUGGGUGACGGACGGGUCCUACUCCCCAGUCAGUGGUAUGAAUGGGACAGGAUUCCGGCCCUUCGACAUGGUCAUCCCCUUCGCCUUCAAGAAGGGAGAGGUCACAGGUGAGGUUCACAUGCCCUCUGGAAAGACCGCCAAGCCUGAUAUCAGUGACAACAACGACGGCACGGUGACAGUGAAGUACUCCCCCACAGAGAUGGGUCUGCACGAGAUGCACAUCAAAUACAAUGGCAAGCACAUCCCAGAGAGUCCGCUGCAGUUCUAUGUGAACUAUGCAAACAGCCCCAACGUCACAGCCUCCGGUCCGGGACUCAUCUACGGGAUCGUCAACAAGCCAGCCACCUUCACCAUCUUCACUGAGGAUGCCGGGGAAGGGGGUCUGGACCUGGCCAUCGAGGGCCCCUCCAAAUCAGAGAUCAGCUGCACUGACAACAAGGACGGGACCUGCACUGUCACCUACCUGCCCACACUGCCGGGGCAGUACAGCAUCCUGGUGCGCUACAACGAUGAGCACAUCGUGGGCAGCCCCUUCAGCGCCAGGGUCACAGAGGACAACAGCAAGCGGCGGCGCUCGCAGCUCAAACUGGGCAGUGCAGCCGACUUCUCUCUGGACAUCAACGAGACUGACCUGAGUCUGCUGACCGCCAGCAUCAAAGCCCCGUCGGGCCGGGACGAGCCCUGCCUGCUCAAGAGGCAGCCCAACAACCACAUUGGGAUUUCCUUCAUCCCGAGGGAGGUGGGCGAGCAUCUGGUCAGCAUCAAGAAGAACGGCCGCCACAUCCCCAGCAGCCCCCUCACCAUCGUGGUGCUGCAGUCUGAGAUCGCCGACGCCAGCAAGGUGAAGGUGUUUGGACCCGGGCUGCAGGAGGCACGCACCUUCGAGAUGACAGACUUCAUUGUGGACACCAGAGAUGCAGGCUUUGGGGGGCUGGCCCUGUCCAUUGAGGGACCCAGCAAGGUGGACAUUCAGACUGAGGACGUGGCCGACGGGACAUGCAAGGUGUCCUACUGUCCCACUGAGCCGGGAGUCUAUCUGGUGUCCAUCAGGUUUUCAGAUGAGCACGUGCCAGGAAGUCCAUUCACCGUGAAAGUGACCGGCGAAGGCCGUUUGCGAGAGAGCAUCACUCGCCGGCAACGAGCUGCCUCCGUGGCAACCGUGGGGAGUGUCUGUGACCUCAACCUGAAGAUCCCAGAGAUCGACAGUCAGGAUAUGUCCGCUCAGGUCAGCAGCCCCUCUGGACUCAAGGAGGAUGCAGAGAUCAUCGCUGCUGGCAACAACACGUACUGUGUGCGCUUUGUGCCCCAGGAGAUGGGCGUGCACACAGUGAGCGUACGCUACCGAGGCCAGCAUGUCCCGGGCAGCCCCUUCCAGUUCACCGUGGGGCCCUUGGGCGACGGAGGGGCCCACAAGGUGCGGGCUGGGGGCCCAGGCCUGGAGAAAGCAGAGACAGGGUUACCAGCGGAGUUCAGUAUCUGGACGCGGGAAGCGGGAGCUGGGGGUCUCUCGAUUGCAGUGGAGGGUCCGAGUCGAGCUGAGAUCUCAUUUGAGGAUCGAAAGGACGGGUCAUGUGGGGUGUCGUACAUUGCUCAGGAGCCGGGUGAUUAUGAAGUGUCCAUCAAGUUCAACGAGGAGCACAUUCAAGGCAGCCCAUUCCUAGUGCCAGUGUCCGCCUCCACUGACGAUGCCAGCAGACUCACUGUUACAAGUCUUCAGGAAUCAGGGCUGAAAGUGAACCAUCCAGCAUCCUUUGCAGUCAGGCUGAACGGUGCGAAGGGCCUGAUCGACGCCAAGGUGCACAGCCCCUCGGGAGCCCUGGAGGAGUGCGCAGUGUCUGAGCUGGAGAAGGAUAAGUAUGCGAUCCGCUUCAUCCCACGUGAGAACGGCUUGCACUCCAUCGACGUGCGCUUCAACGGGAGCCACAUCCCCGGCAGCCCCUUCCAGGUGCGAGUGGGGGAGCCCGGCCAGGCAGGAGACGUGGGGCUUGUCACUGCGUACGGGGCCGGCCUGGAGCGGGGGGCCACAGGCACCCAGUCAGAGUUCAUCAUUAACAACACUAAAGCUGGCCCAGGCACCGUGUGUGUCACGAUUGAAGGCCCAUCCAAGGUGAAGAUGGACUGCCAGCAGAGCCCUGAAGGCUACAAGGUCCUAUACACCCCUAUGGCACCGGGCAACUACCUGAUUGGCAUUAAGUAUGGGGGACCCAACCACAUCGUGGGCAGCCCCUUCAAGGCCAAGGUUACAGGUUCUCGUCUGGUCAAUAUCGGCAAUGCCAAUGAAACCUCUUCCAUCACAAUGGACUCUGUGAGGAAGUCCAGCAGCCCCAGUGUGUACAGCGCCCUGCCCAAGCCCUUCUCUGACGCCAGCGCGGUGCAAUGCACAGGAGCCGGGCUCAGCAAGGCCUACGUGGGGCAGAGGAGCAGCUUCUCUGUGGACUGCAGCAAAGCAGGUAAGAACAUGCUGUUGGUGGGGGUUCACGGCCCAGUGACCCCUUGUGAGGAGGUGUCUGUCAAGCACAUGGGGAACAAGCAGUACUCGGUCAGCUACAUGGUCAAGGAGAAGGGCGACUACAUCCUGGCAGUGAAGUGGGGUGAGGAGCACAUUCCUGGCUCCCCCUUCCACGUCACUGCCCCCUGACUCUCUCUGCAGCUUCCACACACACAGCGCUGAAACGUCAUUCUAAUCACGAAAAGAGAAUCAAACCCGUGGAAAUGGGAACAAAAAAUUGACGAGAUUAAUAUUAAUUUUAAUUGAACUAAGAUGAGAUUUGUUAUUAAAUAUGUUAUCAGGAAAAUGUGUUGCAUUUGGCUGUUCUGUAAUGUUUCUGAUAACAACCCAAGCUGUAAUAUAAUUUAAUUUUAGAUGCUGAUUCCUGUUAAAGACAUGAACUAAACUGGAAUUUCUUUCUUUUCUGUACUACUGAUAAAUGUCCUUUUGACUUUUUUUUUCUGGUUUUAAUAGUAUCUCUUAACUCUGGGUAUCAGAUCCACCCAAUGUGUCUCUCUUCAUCUUCACUACAUCACUGUGUAUUCAUGCAUCACUAUGUAUUCAUAUUGUGCCUGGUAUAAAAACUGGACUUGGAUGUUGACGUGCUUUUGUUACGAAAGAGUGUAUCCUGCCCUUCUCACGACACUUCUUUCAAGCCCAGGAUAUUUGAGGAUACAACAAAUGUAGUGUACUGGACAUGAGAUCACGCUCCAAUCAUGACACAAGCACGAGGGUAGUGUACUGGACGUGAGAUCAGGCUGAUGAAGUUAUUACAUUUUUGGAACCUGUACCCUGUAACGAUCCCCUGCCCUGGUAUUGUUGCCAGUGGACAUGCCACACACGAUCCACAAGGAGUCGCUGUUUCUGCUAAUCAUUUAAUCCUCUAUAACCAUGGCUGGUUUUAUCCCCAGAUUGCUCCCGACAUGUUUGUUUUGAGACAGGUGAAUGUUGUACUGGUGGUGGGUUCUGCUCACUGGGCGUGGUUCAUUUCUGAAUCUUAGUUGUGUUAAAUGGUUUGCAUUUUUACAUUAACCUGUUUGCCCGAUGUAAAGAAAGUCUUAACAAUGAUGUAUAUUAAACAAUAAAGUGGAAUAACCCUG